CCCUGCACAGACAGACCCCUUCCCCUCUCUGCGAAAGACCCAAGCCCCAGAAGUCACUCCAUCUCCUACGGCUCGCAAUUUCCAGAGGCCCCCUGGCACCUUCCAGCCUGAUGUCGUGCGUCAAGUUAUGGCCCAGCGGUGCCCCCGCCCCCUUGGUGUCCAUCGAGGAACUGGAGAACCAGGAGCUCGUCGGCAAAGGCGGGUUCGGCACAGUGUUCCGGGCGCAACAUAGGAAGUGGGGCUACGAUGUGGCGGUCAAGAUCGUAAACUCGAAGGCGAUAUCCAGGGAGGUCAAGGCCAUGGCAAGUCUGGAUAACGAAUUCGUGCUGCGCCUAGAAGGGGUUAUCGAGAAGGUGAACUGGGACCAAGAUCCCAAGCCGGCUCUGGUGACUAAAUUCAUGGAGAACGGCUCCCUGUCGGGGCUGCUGCAGUCCCAGUGCCCUCGGCCCUGGCCGCUCCUUUGCCGCCUGCUGAAAGAAGUGGUGCUUGGGAUGUUUUACCUGCACGACCAGAACCCGGUGCUCCUGCACCGAGACCUCAAGCCAUCCAACGUCCUGCUGGACCCAGAGCUGCACGUCAAGCUGGCAGAUUUUGGCCUGUCCACAUUUCAGGGAGGCUCACAGUCAGGGACAGGGUCCGGGGAGCCAGGGGGCACCCUGGGCUACUUGGCCCCAGAACUGUUUGUUAAUGUAAACCGGAAGGCCUCCACAGCCAGUGAUGUCUACAGCUUCGGGAUCCUAAUGUGGGCAGUGCUUGCUGGAAGAGAAGUUGAGUUGCCAACCGAACCAUCACUCGUGUAUGAAGCAGUGUGCAACAGGCAGAACCGGCCCUCAUUGGCUGAGCUGCCCCAAGCCGGGCCUGAGACUCCCGGCUUAGAAGGACUGAAGGAGCUAAUGCAGCUCUGCUGGAGCAGUGAGCCCAAGGACAGACCCUCCUUCCAGGAAUGCCUACCAAAAACUGAUGAAGCCUUUCAGAUGGUGGAGAACAAUAUGAAUGCUGCUGUCUCCAUGGUAAAGAAUUUCCUGUCUCAGCUCAGGAGCAGCAAUAGGAGAUUUUCUGUCCCAGAGUCAGGCCAAGGAGGGACAGAAAUGGAUGGCUUUAGGAGAACCAUAGAAAACCAGCACUCUCGUAAUGAUAUCAUGGUUUCUGAGUGGCUAAACAAACUGAAUCUAGAGGAGCCUCCCAGCUCUGUUCCUAAAAAAUGCCCGAGCCUUACCAAGAGGAGCAGGGCACAAGAGGAGCAGGUUCCACAAGCCUGGACAGCAGGCACAUCUUCAGAUUCAAUGGCCCAACCUCCCCAGACUCCAGAGACCUCAACUUUCAGAAACCAGAUGCCCAGCCCCACCUCAACUGGAACACCAAGUCCUGGACCCCGAGGGAAUCAGGGGGCUGAGAGACAAGGCAUGAACUGGUCCUGCAGGACCCCGGAGCCAAAUCCAGUAACAGGGCGACCGCUCGUUAACAUAUACAACUGCUCUGGGGUGCAAGUUGGAGACAACAACUACUUGACUAUGCAACAGACAACUGCCUUGCCCACAUGGGGCCUGGCACCUUCGGGCAAGGGGAGGGGCUUGCAGCACCCCCCACCAGUAGGUUCGCAAGAAGGCCCUAAAGAUCCUGAAGCCUGGAGCAGGCCACAGGUUGCCGUUCGGGAGCGGAAAGCUAUGGCUCCUAAAGCUAUACACAGGCGCAACCCCUCCCACGGAGCAUGAACAGUUCAAGCCCGGUGGUAGUGGUUGCCAGCCAAGCGGAGAGGUCAGGAGAACGAGCGCCCCCAACUCUGACCUAGAUCCCCACCAGGACCCGCAUUCUUCCCUACAUUCUCGCCAGGCUUCAGCCCCCCGCCCUCGGUCUCCCAACUACCAAACGUUCACCUCCAUUUGGACACAUCCCAUUCGGUCCACCCCAGCCCACCCCUUCGCAUCUCUC